ACAUUUGAUUUUGCAACAGUCUUCCAUAGCCCGUCCUAAAAGACUGACUUAGAGAUCUGGCCAGUCAGGUUAAGGCAGAAACUACACUAAUUCAGUCUUUAUUCAGCCCUUCAUCAAUAGGAGUGGCAGACAGAAGAAGUCAGGUGGUUGAAAAGUUACAAAUAUCUGUGACAAUAGUAGAAGGAGAAUACUUUUGGGAAGAACCUCUAACCCAGUGAAACCUACCAUUCUGCUGAGUUGACAACACUGGGGGCUGCUGAUCCAAGAUGAAAGUCGCUGCUAUCCUUCUCCUUUGCAUGGCCCUGUUCCACCAGGGACACAGCAACUCAUGUCAGGGCCGGUGCGGGUAUGGAAUAGACACUAGUUACUCCUGUCAGUGCAACACAGCCUGUGAGAGGUACAACGACUGCUGUUCCGACUAUUACACACUAUGCAAAGAGGCGGCUCUGUCUUGUAAUGGAAGGUGUGGUGAAAGCUACAACUCUCAGAACCCGUGCCACUGCAACUCCCUGUGCUCCCAGUACAACAACUGCUGCAGCGACUACUCCACCCUCUGUAAUGCUGUAGCUGGACCCACAUCUUGUAAUGGCAGGUGUGAUGAAAGCUACAAUGCUCAGAACCCAUGCCACUGCAACUCCAAGUGCUCCCAGUACAACAACUGCUGCAGCGACUAUUCAGACUACUGUUCAACUGGUGAUUCUGGUGCUACCAUCACUGACGCUGAGAUCAAGUCUCUGUCUGAGACGCUUUUUGCCCUGGACACCAACAAGGCCUCGGCCUCUGAGCUGAUCCUUGACCCCCAAGCCCUGGUGGCCGACUCACAGACCAGCUCCAAGUCGGAUCUCUCCUCCAGACCGUUGUACAAGUUCGUGGAUGAAAACGCCCUGUUCACCCGCCCAACCUAUGCAGCCCUUCUGAAUCUUUUCGACAACUACAAGAGGAUCACCGGACAGGCGGAGAGCUUCACCUCUCAGCAGCUGACUGAGCAGGAGACGUUCCUGAAGGAGACGAUGUUGAACACCGAGCUGGGCAGAGAGCUGUUUGCUUUCCUUUACACCAAGGGUGUUUAUAAAUCAGAGGCAGAGUUCAUUGAGGACCUGAAGAACAUGUGGUUUGGUCUCUACUCCCGCUACAACGGCGCUAUGGACUCCAGCGGUUUUGAACACAUCUUUGCAGGUGAAAUCAAGGGAGGAAAGGUGUCUGGUUUCCACAACUGGAUCCGGUUUUAUCUUCUUGAGAAGCGAGGGGAGCUGAACUACUACAGCCACAGCUUCAACGGGCCUUGGUCUAACUAUCCUGAUGUUUUGGGACUGCAAUUCCACUGGGACGGCUACUACAAGCAGGUGGGCUCUGCAGUGAUUGGCUGCAGCCCUGAGUUUGAUUUGGCCCUCUACAGCCUUUGCUACAUUGCUCGGCCUGGGAAAUAUUGUUACCUCAGUCUGGGAGGAAAACAGCUCAUCAUACAAACUUACACCUGGGAUAACUCUUCCUAUGGAAAUGGAAAGAAGUACAUCGCCUCAGCCUAUCCUGUAUCAAUGUAAAGAGAAAAGAACAGAAGUGGAAAUUACCACAGCGUUACCAUUUCGUUCUCUACAUGCUGCAAUAAAGCAACAAAAAUAAUCUGAAAAUCC